UACAAGCCUUAGCAAGUUCUGUUCCAAACUCAGGCACCUUGACUUGGCUUCCUGUACAUCAAUAACAAACAUGUCUCUUAAAGCUCUGAGUGAGGGAUGUCCACUGUUGGAGCAGUUGAACAUUUCCUGGUGUGACCAAGUUACCAAGGAUGGCAUCCAAGCACUAGUGAGAGGCUGUGGGGGUCUCAAAGCCUUAUUCUUAAAAGGCUGCACACAGCUAGAAGAUGAAGCUCUCAAGUACAUAGGGGCACACUGUCCUGAACUGGUGACUUUGAACUUGCAGACUUGCUUACAAAUCACAGAUGAAGGUCUUAUUACUAUUUGCAGAGGGUGUCAUAAAUUACAGUCCCUCUGUGCCUCUGGCUGCUCCAACAUCACAGAUGCCAUCCUGAAUGCUCUAGGUCAGAACUGCCCACGGCUUAGAAUAUUAGAAGUGUCAAGGUGUUCUCAAUUAACAGAUGUAGGCUUUACCACUCUGGCCAGGAACUGCCAUGAGCUUGAAAAGAUGGACCUGGAAGAAUGUGUUCAGAUAACAGAUAGUACAUUAAUCCAACUUUCUAUACACUGUCCUCGACUUCAAGUAUUGGGGACCCUGCCUGAAUCUUUGCCAGUCUGAAGGAAAAAUACAACAGAAGCAAGAAAAGUUAUGAGAAGAAAUUAAGCAAAAACUGUUUUGAUGAAAACAAACUUUGCCUUUUGGUUUCUGUUUUAUCUUGUGACAUAUGAUCAUAUGCAUGAUAUGCCCAAUAUUCUCCCUGCACAUUUUUCCUUCCAUCAAACUUCACUAACUUAAUGAAGAGAGAUAAAUGCAUUAUUAGUGAAGAAUGGAAUAGCAGCUCCCAGAACUGAGCCUGAAAGCCCCCACCACCCAAACUCAGACAUUCACUGAGAUCAGGUGUGACCAGCAGCACCUCUGAAUUGUUUCUGUGAGGUGGUUUUGCUUCAACAGGAGAGCUGCUAGAGAAGCUAUGCGGUCUAGCCAAACUGUUUCUCUUUUUUCCCCCAUUUCAGCCAAUCAGAGAUACAAGAAUGAUCCUGUAACGCUGGCCAUUUGUAUGUCAGCACAGAUGGGAUCACAUCUAAUAUUGGAGCCUCAGAGAGCCAGAGCCCUUUCAGUCCUGUCAGUCUUAUUUCUCUUGUGCUCCAGAAUUCCCAUGAAUGAAAUGCAAGGGUAGAGAGGUGAAGGCAUUAGGGCAACAGAAAGAGAACACUGAGAGGGAAUGGGGGUCUGCCCAACCUGGUCACCAGAGCUGAGGGCAGGGUAUGCUGUGACCCAAUGCUCAAAGUCAAGCAGUUUUCCUUCCCCACGCCCUGCUCCCUCAACCACAAAAAGGCAGUCAUGGAGGAUGAGGGAAAUAAACUGAGUUUCUAAAGUAUAAGAAGUAGAUUUUUAAACCUUGUAUGAUUUUUUAUAGGAUGACCUUGCUUUCCUUUGGUGUUUUAGGACAUAAAUUGCUGUCCACCACUAUCUUAGAUGAUCUUCUGAAUGAUCCAGGCUGUUAAAAGGCUUGUUUCAAUGCUGCAGGUUCUACCAGCCUUAUACAAGAAUAAAAUGUGAUUUAUUUCUCCACAAUCAAAUGAAAGGGUCUUAGAAUCUGUACUACCCACCAUUAUUUAGCAUGUUAAAUUUAUUUUAAAUCCUAUUUUAUUAUGCCUUUUUAAAAGUUCGAAUUAUUGUGUUUUUCAUUCCCCCUUCCCCUAUGCUCUUCUCAAAUUACCAUAUAAAAGACAUACUUUUAAAAUUGAAACUCUCCUGGCUAUACCCCACACAUACAAAUAUACACACAUGUGCACACAUUUCCAAAUGUGGCUGGUAAUAUUCCUAUCCCCAGGUCACUCAUUCAAACAAAACUAAAAAGAGAAAUAUUUAGGAGCCAUCUGCCCUAAUGCGUAAGCUUUCUUUUUUUCAUAAUGUCCAAACAAAUUGAUUAUCAAAACCUGAUUGAUUAGUGAGUAUAGAUUUAAAUUGCCCAAUAAUUACGGCUGUUAAGGUACUUCUUUACUUAAAAAAAUACCCAAGUUUAAAAGACCCUAUUCACCACUACCUGAACAUCUUGAAAAUGCUGUUUCUCUAGUCAAAGAGUAUACAUAACCAUGUGCAGGUCCAUGUGGGCUUUCCCAGGCAACCUCUGCCUGUCAGGCCAAGAACUGUUAAGUAAGAGAAAGUCCCUGGCAUGUGCAGCACUAGCUUGUAUGUGGCCAUGGAGGAGCCUUGUUUCUUUAUCAAGAAAACUUCAGGCCUGUCAAGCUUGGAUGAAAAUACAGUUUUUAUGCCAAUCUGCAGCCUAUACCAGCUGAUGAAAUGUACCAGGACUUUGAGACCCCAGAACAUGGUAAGUUUUGGUCUGGUGGAAAUGCUUCCUGUCUCAGCAUCAGGGACACUUGAAAAUUCAACAAGCCUUCAUUAGUGUAAGAAAACUCCUAGGAAAAGCUUACUUGUCUGGCUCGGAGCACCUCCAACAGUAUGCCUUGUUUAAUGAGAAAAUAAGUAUUGAACAGACAAGAGAUUUGGGAUAAAUAAGAAGGUACCUUCAAAGUGAUUGCCAUACACUUGUAGUCAGGAGGAAUUAUUGCUAUGGCUUUAGAGAAAGUUAUUUAAACAUCUAGAUCACUUCUUUUUCAAGCAGCCUUUUCCCAACAUUUUCCAGCAUCAUUUGUGAUACAUCAGUGUCUUUAGUAUCGUUUACAGCCUCUUCAUCAUCCCCAUGAAGGUGAUUCUAGCAUUGGGGGGGUUUUUUUUGCAUUGGCUUCUCCAUUUCCUUCCUACACUAAUUCUUGCCCUCUGUAUUUAAAGCCUUCACCUCACCCCCAUGAUGCUGCUGAUUUAUUCUCAAAUGCUUCCUGUCUAGCUUCCUCUUUGGGUGGUUGUCCUGAUUUUGGCAAACUCUCCUGGGCAGCCUUGAAUUCAGUAACUGGGCGCCAGGCCAUUUUUCACUUAGUAUACUGUCUUUGGUGUUUGCGUGCUGAGUUUGAAAUGGAAGUGUUGAAUAUAAAGCGAGGAGUAGGGGGAUCUGGCUUCAUCCUUUAUUCCAUUAUUAGGAAUAUGAAAGCACAUUGUGCUUUAUGUAAAAAAUGUUUUCUCCUAUUAAAAUCUUUAGUGGAUGUAAAAGUACUCCUUUAAAUGGCUUUUAUAAAUUUCCAAACCUAUUACGUUGAUCUAACAGACAUAUAAGUCACAAAUUUCAUAUAUUCCUCAUAUCACACAUUUAAGAGGGAAAGCUGAUAUUUUCUUGCUGCUUUAUUUUGGGCUCCAAACUCUUUGAACAGUUCAAUAUAGUAUAAAGCUACAGCAGUCAAGUUCUUUCAUUUCUUCUAAUUGCCUUGUAAAAUGCAUUGUUACUAAUACAAUAGGCUGCGGAUGCCCUGGGGGUCCUAAACCAAGUAUGUGUUGUAACCCAUCUUGGUUUGAGGUUGUUGGAAGUGUGAGAGAGUCACUGGAAGGAAGAGAAUGGUUUCUCGCCUGCCUGUUUGGGCAUGAUAUCCUUAGGUGAUGGUGUUGUUUGGAGAGAAGGAAUACUUGAGAUCAUGGUCGGCCCUUGGCCAUUUAAUGUUUAUUAUUUAGACUGCUCAUGACAGCACCAGUAAGAGAGGAGCUUUAAAGGAAAUUGGUCUCUUCCGCCCUUUCCCUUCUGUGUGCAUGAUUUAAGGUGAAGUUUUCUCUCCCUAUUGUGCAUCCUGGCUGACAGACUCCUUCAGUGGUAUGCUCUGAGCCUCCGGAACAUUUUAUUAAAAGAUUUCCUUUUCUGUUAGCCCACUAUUUCUAGGAUCUUUAACCAUCUCAAACCCAGGCAAUGUGAAUUAGCUGAGUCUUGUUCAAGAAGAGAUUUUGGUUGUUCGGCAGGAUGUCUUGGGGCAGAAUCCGCCGCCCCCACUCCCACCCCUGUAGUGAUUUGGGAUGGAAGAAUCAUAAAAGCGUACAGAAUUCAGCCCCUCCUCACGUUUAUUUCUAUCAUAAAUUUUAAUUGUAAUGGAUGAUACAGAGAGCUUGUAUAAGACCAUGUCAAUAGGGUAUAAUUAACCCAGAUAAUUUGGGAAUAAAAUGUGGCUGUCUUUGCUAUAUCCAGAUGCCCUAACCUAACAUCUUGAUUCUCCAGCAAAGAACCUGCCGCUCUAACCUUGCGCUCUCGCUUGGGACAAACUUAACUGCCUGCCAGAAACUACCAUUUGAGGCAAGUGCAUGAAGUGCUUCUGCAGCUCUCACUCUCAAGGCAAGUCUACCUAUUUUGUCCAUUUUUAUUCUUAGGAACAUCAUUUCUGCAUCUCUGAAGCUUUUGAUCCUUAGGGAAGUCAGUAAAAACCUCUCAGCUGCAUCUGAGUGAAUCUUUGGAGCCCAGGAGUGUUACACUUAAUUUCUAGCAGGAAGUUUUUGGACAAGCUUACAUGGGGGACGUUAAGAGAAACUCCAUAAUGUACUUCUUGCAUCUCUGCCUCAUGUGUUCUGAGUAAGCCUGGGAAGAGUUUGAUACACAGGUGUUGAUGCUCAGUGCUUCCUCAGCCAGGGUGGUUGACCUCCCUUUUAGGAAAUAUAAUCAUGAGCAACCAAAACUGUAUCAGUUGGACCUAUCUCUGUUUUUCAGCGUCUUGUUUUGAAGAAUUGGGGUGGGAAAAUAGUAAACGAGAUUCAAAGUAGAGAAAAUAAUCAGUUCUGAAGUACUUUGCUUUGGGUACUUGCAUCUGUCCUGAAUAUGUAGAAACAGCUGUAUCACAUGUGAGUAGAUUUACUUUCCUCUCCAUCCAAUGAAUUCUAUGCCCCUCUUACUGGCAAGGAAGGCUUCUACUUUCACACACACAACCAGAGUCGUCAGAUGGGGAUCCGCACCAUGGAAAGAACCACCAAUGUAUCCCAGCAGCUUCUGACCACGGUUCUCCGCGGGGCAAGCGCAGGUAGGCAGUAAAUGAGAGAAUCCCUACCCAAAGAAGAGAUGGGAGAAGAGAGGUGUCCAGACACAUACCUUUUUUCCUCUACCACACCCGAAGAACACAGGAGAAUCUUUGAAGUAAUGUCUUUUUUAUUAAAGUGGAAGAAGAAAACUGCCCCACUAAGUUUCGCUUGUCAUUGUACUACGUACUGAUUCAAAUCUGAACCCCACUGCUGCUCACACACACGCAUGUGUUUCUUACCUUAGCCUAACCCUUCUCUGCCCCUGAAGUUAUUGUUCUGUUUGGUUUUUCUUUUCUUUUCCUUUUUUUAUGGCACUAGAGAAUGAGAACGUAGUCUUAGAAAAUCCUAACUUGAAAAGGAGUUUCUAACUGGCAUGGUUUGGUUAAUUUACCUAUUUCCCUCUAAAGACUUGAACGAUUUUCUUUCCUAGUGCUAUAUAAUAGAUCUGUAUGUAAUAAGUGAAACCUUUGCUGCUACUUUUCUGGGUUUACAUUAGUUUUUUCCCACCCUGUAGAAUAGUUUCUCAUCUGUGCUUCUCUGACGACUGUUAAUUUCUAGUAAGUGCAGGAAGAGGUGAGCUUGAGAUUUCUUCUCCUUCACACUACCCACAAAUUACACACUAACCUCUAACACACAAGACCAUGGGAUGGGGCUCAUCAGAAGUACUUGUGUUUUUUCUUACCAUGCUGCAGCUCUUGUAGCUGGCCCCUGAGGGUCUGUCACUACUCAGUCCAAAGGGUUACUGUAGAAAGAGAGGCCUUAAUUUUGCCUUUCUCCAUUUCUGUUUAAAGACAACCUUCAGAUGCCUCCCACUCUGGCCGCCUCCUUUUUCCUCCCAGGAAUUGUUUCCCAGUAAACUGCCUGGGGCAUUUCCCAACUGCUGUCCUCACCUUUGCUCACUUUCCAGUGACCCUGAGAGCACAGACCUGAGAAAUACGGCCUGUGCAGAGCUCAGAGAACUGUGAGGGCCACCCCUGCCUGUCAGACUCUGGGGACAGAGAUGGACGGUAAAUGGUGCUGUGGGAUAAAUUUUUAUCUUCAAACAAGGCUGUUUAAUCCCUGCACCACACCCACCCACCCCACUCCAUGCCCUGAGGGGGUAAAAUGCAGAGGGUGGUUGGUUGGCAGGGUCUGAUCGCAAACAUCACUCUCUGGCCCUAAGCCUUCUCCAGCCAUCUGGCCUUCCCUGGAGUGCUUUGGCAUGCAGGAGCUGCUGCUUGUUUCUCCACCAGGCUUGCGCCUAUGCUUAGCCAGUCCCUGGGGCCAACACAGUUCCCUACGUGGUGACCUAACACCAGGUUCCAUUAGCUGUCCACAGGACUGUGUUUCCACCCAACACUUGGCGCUUGAGAAUGGUGGGGAGGGAGGGUUAUUUAAAAUAAAUAAAAUCCAAGGUGGCAGUAGAGGGUUUCUUUUGCUUUAAAAAUCUUUGGACAAAAAAAAAAAUUUUUUUUGUUUUUUAUAUAUAAAUAUAUAAAGUAAAUUGUUAUGUAAUUAUUAUUGUUUCCUGUAUGUUCUAAUUUUGUUUUAUGAUGUAAUUAAAGGAAAUAAGCUGUGAA